AGUCUGGGAUUUAUAGGAAUUGUUUGCACGAACGAGCAAAAAUCCAUUGAGUAUCAUAACUUCAGAAGACGCUUUAGAAGAUAUAUACUCUUUGGUCAAUGUGCUUUGACAUUUAGGGCAGGGAGUGAAUAUGAUGAUGAUUCUGAUGAAACCACAUCAACGGUUUCAACACCACCAGGUUCGCCGUCAAGAACCAGAAAGUGGUACUUUUCGUUUGAAUAA